UUCCCCACCUGGUUCGAGCACGUCAGCAUGCUGGUUAUCCUCUUGAACUGCGUCACCCUCGGGAUGUUCCAGCCAUGUCAGGAUAUCAGGUGCCAAACGGAACGGUGCACGAUCCUGGAGGCAUUUGAUCACUUCAUCUUCGCCUUCUUUGCUGUGGAGAUGAUCAUCAAGAUGAUCGCCCUGGGGAUCUUUGGCCACAAAUGUUAUCUAGGAGACACCUGGAACCGCCUCGACUUCUUCAUUGUCAUUGCUGGCAUGAUGGAAUAUUCUCUGGAUGGACAUAAUGUCAGCCUUUCAGCCAUCCGGACUGUGCGGGUUCUCAGGCCCUUACGAGCCAUUAACAGGGUGCCAAGUAUGCGCAUUCUUGUCACCCUGCUCCUAGACACUCUGCCUAUGUUAGGCAACGUUCUUCUCUUGUGUUUCUUUGUCUUUUUCAUCUUUGGCAUCGUGGGUGUCCAGCUGUGGGCCGGGCUGCUGAGGAACAGGUGUUUCCUGGAUUCCCACAUUCAAAGGACACACAACCUGACUUUCCUGCAUAAGUACUACCGGCCAGAAGAGGGGGAGGAAAACCCCUUCAUCUGUUCGUCCCUCCGGGAUAACGGCAUGCAGAAGUGCUCCAGCAUCCCGAACCGGAAGGAGUACAAGAUGGACUGCACGUUAACCAUGGACGCUUACAACCCGGAAUUGGACUCGCUGGACUUGGGUGCCCGUAACACCUGCAUAAACUGGAACCAGUAUUACAACGUUUGCAGGACGGGGGACUUGAACCCGCACAACGGAGCUAUUAAUUUUGAUAAUAUUGGCUAUGCUUGGAUAGCUAUUUUUCAGGUUAUAACCCUGGAAGGAUGGGUUGACAUCAUGUAUUAUGUUAUGGACGCUCACUCUUUUUACAAUUUUAUAUAUUUUAUACUACUUAUAAUAGUCGGUUCUUUCUUCAUGAUUAACUUGUGCCUGGUUGUGAUAGCAACACAGUUUUCUGAAACCAAACAGCGGGAGAACCAGCUGAUGCAAGAGCAGCGAGCCCGCUACCUCUCCAACGACAGCACAAUCGCCAGCUUCUCCGAGCCGGGGAGCUGCUAUGAAGAGCUCCUCAAAUACAUCUGCCACAUUUUCAGGAAAGUCAAACGGAGGUCCCUGCGCCUCUACAACAAUUGGCAGAGCAAGCGGAGGAAAAAAGUCAACCCCAACAACGGCGGAGACGACGUUCAGGGCCCCCAGAGUGGCAAGCGGCGCAUCACGUCCAUCCAUCACUUGAUCCACCACCACCACCACCACCAUCACCACUACCACAUCAGCAACGGGAGUCCCCAGGGGCCAAGGGCCAACCCAGGGAUUUGUGACCUGGAGCUGGAAGUCAUGAAGCCGGGAAGCCAGCUGAUGCUUCCUCCAUCUUCACCCAGCCACCCAAGCGGUGGAGCUGCAGAUACGGAGUCCAUCCACAGUAUCUACCACGCCGACUGCCACGUGGAAGGGAGCUCGGUGAAAUGCAAGUCUUCCAGCAUUGCUGCAGGUAGCAAAGCUGCCAAUCACGGCAGCAUGAACUACCCCACCAUCUUGCCUUCUCCGGCAAACAAAGCCAGCGUCCCUCCCGCGUCCAAAGGGAAGAAAAAUGAGGGCAGUGAGGCGACCUCUCCCAUGCCCGUGGUCAGCAGCCCAGCCAACCUGAACGCAGAUUGCUAUGGGAAGCUCCACCAUCUAGUGGGAGAACGUGGCCUCCGCAGGGCCUCCAGCAUUUUGUCUGGCUUGAACGUACCGUGUCCUCUGCCAGGGCCCCAAGCCAACUCCUUGAGCUGCGAGCUGCAAAACUGCCCAUUCUGCGCCAGUAUCCUGGAGGAUCCCGAGUUCGAGUUCAGCGAUGCGGACAGCUACGAGUCAGGAGAGGACAACACCGGGGUCUACGAAUUCACCCAGGACGUAAAACACGGGGACUUGCGGGACCAGAUCCAGCAACAGAGGAACAAGAAGAAGAAGAAGAAGAAAAGGAAACCAGCCAAGGAGAGGAACAAGAUAACCAAGCUCUGGAAGGCCUUCGGCAACAAGCUGAAACGGAUCGUGGAGAGCAAGUACUUCAACCGUGGGAUCAUGAUCGCCAUCCUCAUCAACACGCUGAGCAUGGGCAUUGAGUAUCAUGAACAGCCGGAUGAGCUAACCAAUGCCCUGGAGAUCAGCAACAUUGUCUUCACAAGCAUGUUCGCUCUGGAGAUGCUCCUCAAGCUCUUGGCUUUCGGCAUCUGGGGUUACAUCAAGAACCCCUACAACAUUUUUGACGGCAUCAUUGUUGUCAUCAGUGUCUGGGAGAUCAUUGGCCAGGCCGACGGGGGUCUUUCGGUCCUGAGGACCUUCCGGCUCCUGCGGGUUCUCAAGCUGGUGCGGUUCAUGCCGGCUCUCCGCCGGCAGUUGGUGGUUCUCAUGAAGACCAUGGACAACGUGGCCACCUUCUGCAUGCUGCUCAUGCUCUUCAUCUUCAUCUUCAGCAUCCUAGGUAUGCAUCUUUUUGGGUGCAAAUUUGGCUUAAGGACAGAGACGGGGGACACCAUGCCAGACCGAAAGAACUUCGAUUCCCUUCUGUGGGCAAUUGUCACCGUGUUUCAGAUCCUGACCCAGGAAGACUGGAACGUGGUCCUCUACAAUGGAAUGGCCUCCACCUCCUCCUGGGCUGCUCUCUACUUCGUGGCUCUGAUGACCUUUGGCAAUUAUGUCCUCUUUAACCUCUUGGUGGCCAUCCUGGUAGAAGGUUUCCAAGCCGAGGGCGACGCCAACAGAUCUGACACGGACGAAGACAAAACGUCGACCAACUUUGAGGAAGAGUUUGAGAAGCUGAAGGAACUCCAUGCUUCUGAGAUGAAGAUGUAUUCGUUGGCUGUCACGCCCAACGGCCACCUGGAGGGCAAGGGCAGCAUGCCCCCGCCCAUCAUCAUGCACACUGCAGCCACCCCCAUGCCCACCCCAAAGGGGUCUCCACACAUGGACACCGCCUACCCUUUUCGGGACUCCAGAAGGGGCAGCAACGUCUCGGUGGACCCGCUCAGCUUUGACCAGAAAUCUUUGUCCAGCCUCCGCAGCUCACCCUGUGCCAACUGGGGCAGCCGCCGCUCGAGCUGGAACAGCCUGGGCCGGGCCCCCAGCCUCAAGAAGAAGACCCAGUGUAGCGAGCGGGAAUCCUUGCUUUCGGGGGAGGGCAAAGGCAGCACAGAUGAUGAAGCGGAGGAGGCCAAGCUUAGCACCCUCAGCCGGGGGGCCCUGCACCACCGGGCAGAGUCCCUGGACUGCCGGGGUGGCUUGGACCUGCCGGAACUCCUCCAAGUGCCCGGGGUCCACCCUCCGGUAGCCAUGCUGCCCCUUGAGUACCAGGACUGCAAUGGCAAGUUGCUGCAGGUGCCCAGCGAGCUCUACCUACACCUGGAUGGGCGCAAAGAGGACCCCUUCGACUACGAUGACAGCAUGGAAGACAGUCUCUGCUACAGAAUCCGCAAGAACCUGGAGCCCUACAAGCCCAAUUGGUGCAAGAAUCAUGAGGACUGGUCCCUCUACUUGUUUUCCCCCCAAAACCGCCUCCGGGCCAACUGCCAGAGAGUCAUCGCCCACAAGAUGUUCGAUCACAUCGUCCUGGUUUUCAUCUUCCUCAACUGCAUCACCAUCGCCUUGGAGCGCCCGGACAUCGACCCCAACAGCACUGAACGGAUAUUCUUGAGUGUUUCCAACUACAUCUUUACGGCCAUUUUUGUUGCUGAGAUGAUGGUUAAGGUUGUGGCCCUUGGCUUCUUCUCCGGAGAGCACACCUACCUCCAGAGCAGCUGGAACGUCUUGGAUGGGAUCCUGGUCUUUGUCUCCAUCAUCGACAUCAUCGUUUCCAUGGCGUCAGCAAGCGGAGCCAAGAUUUUAGGGGUCCUGAGGGUCCUUCGACUGCUGCGCACCCUGAGACCUUUACGGGUCAUCAGCAGAGCUCCAGGUCUGAAAUUGGUGGUGGAGACGCUGAUCUCUUCUCUUCGGCCUAUCGGCAACAUUGUCCUGAUCUGUUGUGCUUUCUUUAUCAUCUUUGGCAUUUUGGGAGUGCAGCUCUUCAAGGGCAAGUUCUACUACUGCGAGGGGGUUGACAUCCGAAACAUCUCCACUAAAACCGACUGCAGAAAAGCCCACUACAAAUGGGUCCGGCGGAAGUAUAACUUCGACAAUUUGGGGCAGGCCCUGAUGUCCUUGUUCGUCCUCUCUUCCAAAGAUGGCUGGGUGAACAUCAUGUAUGACGGAUUGGACGCCGUGGGGAUUGACCAACAGCCCAGCCGGAACCAUAACCUCUGGAUGCUUCUCUACUUCAUUUCCUUCCUCCUCAUCGUCAGCUUCUUUGUGCUCAACAUGUUCGUCGGGGUGGUGGUGGAGAACUUCCACAAGUGUCGGCAGCACCAGGAGGCCGAGGAGGCCCGGCGGCGCGAGGAGAAGAGGCUGCGUCGUCUGGAGAAAAAGCGCAGGAAAGCUCAGCGGCGUCCGUACUACGCCGAUUAUUCACCUGCCCGGAAAUACAUCCAUUCGCUCUGCACCAGCCAUUAUCUGGACCUCUUCAUCACUUUUAUCAUUGGGGUCAAUGUCAUCACGAUGUCCAUGGAGCACUUCGAUCAACCCAAGUCUCUAGAAGAGGCCCUGAAAUAUUGCAACUACUUGUUCACCUUCGUCUUCGUGGUCGAAGCCAUCUUGAAACUGGUGGCCUUUGGCUUCCGGAGGUUCUUCAAGGACAGGUGGAACCAGCUGGAUCUGGCCAUCGUCCUGCUGUCCAUCAUGGGGAUCACUCUGGAGGAGAUCGAGAUGAACGCCGCACUGCCCAUCAACCCCACCAUUAUCCGCAUCAUGAGGGUGCUGAGAAUUGCUAGAGUGCUGAAGCUGCUGAAAAUGGCCACGGGGAUGCGGGCGUUGCUGGACACAGUGGUUCAAGCCCUCCCCCAGGUGGGGAACCUCGGCCUGCUAUUUAUGCUCCUUUUUUUCAUCUACGCUGCCCUGGGGGUGGAAUUGUUUGGGAAGUUAGACUGCAGUGAGGAAAAUCCUUGUGAAGGCCUCAGUCGGCAUGCUACCUUCAACAACUUCGGAAUGGCCUUCCUCACCCUCUUUAGGGUAUCAACUGGGGACAACUGGAAUGGGAUCAUGAAGGACACUCUCCGGGAAUGCCACCGGGAUGACAAGCACUGUCUCAGCUACCUGCCUCUCAUCUCCCCUCUGUACUUCGUCACCUUCGUCCUCAUCGCCCAGUUCGUCCUGGUCAACGUGGUGGUGGCUGUUCUGAUGAAGCACUUGGAGGAAAGCAACAAGGAGGCGAAGGAAGAUGCCGAGAUGGACGCUGAAAUCGAGCUGGAGAUGUCCAGAGGGAUCAGCACACCAGAAAGGACCAUGGAUGGGAGACAGACCCCUUCCAAGGGGGGUUCACCCCUGCUGGUGAAGCAUCAAGUCAUGGGAGCUUCUGCUGCUGCUGGUGGUCUGAGGGACCCCCAGAACCUCCUGACUCUCCGCAAGAUCUCGGUGGCAAGGAUGCAUUCGCUGCCCAAUGACAGCUACAUGUUCCGUCCUGUGAUGCCUGCCAAACCCCCCUUCCCACUCCACGAAGGGGAGUUAGAAGCCUUCUCCUACAGGUCACCUCGAGGGUCCGUCACAUCCAUCCAUUCUCAGCCGGUGGUCACUUCGUCAUUGAGGAUCCCACAGCUGGCCUUCCGCCCAACAACGCCCCCUCCUGGCCACAACAUGGGAGCUCCGUGGAAGCUUCUACCCCCUCGCCCUGCCCCUCGCACCCCCAGUUUCAACAGACUGCUGUACAGACAGGAGGCCGUCCGGAAGGACUCCUUGGAUAGCUCAGCGGUGGAGUCAAAGCCCUGCGCCCAGGGAGAGAUGCGUGAAAACCCACCCCUGAAAAAGUUGUCUCACAGUAUUUUGGGGGCCCCUCAGCCACCCCCAGCCCCCACAUCCCUCCCAGGCAGUCCUCCCCUUGCCCAGCCCUCCCCUCCAUGCCCUUCAAGCAUCCAGACCGCCAGGGACAACUUCAGCCAGCACAACAUCUCAGAGAGGAGGUCCACCCACAGCAGCCUCCUGGACAGCUCCCUCUUCGAGUCCUCCGACUUGGCGGACGAAGAGGUCAGCCACAUCAACAGCUCUGCCGGGGAUUGGGGGGCGCAGCUGGAGAGCCGGGACUGCUCGGACUCCCCUUUCGUCUCCCCGGCGCCAUCUCCUGUCCCCUUCAGGAAUUGCAGCACAACCAGCUUGACCAUGGGGAAGGGCAAGGAGAAGGACCUGAAGAAGUUCUACAGCGUGGACACCCGGGGGUUCUUGGCCAAGCCGACGUGGGCGGAUGACCAGCGACGGCACUCCAUCGAGAUCUGCCCUUCGGUCGGCCACGGGGAUCGCGGCUUCGCAGAGUCCUCUGAAAGGAGGAGGCUGCCUCUCCAGAUGCAGUCGGAGUCCGAGUACCUGCAUGGCAUCCGGAGGAAGAAGAAAAUGAGCCCUCCCUGCAUCUCUAUCGACCCUCCCAUGGAGGAAGACAGCAGCGCCACCACGACGCGCAACAAAGCCUCUGAGAACAGCCUGCUGAGACGGAGGACGCCCUCCUGUGAAUCCACGGCCUACAGGGACUCCUUGGAGCUGGCCGAGGGUCAGCCUGGAGAACUGGCCUGCAAGGCAGACCGCCGGGCACCCCCAGCCUGCCGAGGGGAACAUUUAACCAUCCCGAACUUCUCCUACAAGCCGACGGACCCUGGUUCCAUGGGGGAAACCUGUAAACACCUCUCGGAGAGCAACCAAUCUGCGGGGCCCUCUGUGGACUCCCCACCAGAGGGCCCAGAGCUGCCACAAACAGACCCCCCAGAGACUCAGGGUGACCCCUCUGAGGCAAACCAAGAAGGACUCGGAGGGGGCAAGAAAUGUCCCCUCCCGCAACACGGACAGGUUCCAGGGACCCCAAGCAACACAGAAGAGGGUGUGGACGAGCCGGUAUAGCUUCCAUGGGGGUGGUCUUUGGUGAACUUUAAGGGCUUUGCCACCACAUGUGGCUUCGAAGAGGAGAACAGGUUGGAAAGCCACCCUCUCCACGGCUGAUGCUGACCCCAAGACCCUCGGUUUCUCCUCACUGUGAAGGUCUGGUUAGUGUAGACACGGAACCGAAGUCCCAGAGAAGCUCCAGGUGUCCCAAGAGGUUGAGGGGUAACCGGAAGGAGCCCGAUUUCCUUCCCGCCCAGCACAAGGAGAAGCUGUUCCAAUGUUCCUUUUCCUCCCUCUUCCUCCCCUUCCCCCUCACCCAGCGUGGCCUCGGACCCCUCCAGGGGGGUCGCAGACCUUUCUUUUAUCUUUUUUAAAGGCAACCCGGGGUUGGUUCAGAAAAACUCCUUUUUCCGAAAGGGCACCUUUCCUUAUUGCACGAAAAGCGGCCGCGGGAAGCCCCCGUGAACAGGCAGAAAGCGAGUUGUAUAUUGUUCUGUAUAUCAGCAGUUACUAUAAAUAGAAAAACAUGUAUUUGAGAUUUUUUUUAAAAGGGAAAAAAAUGAAGAAAUCACAUACAUCACAGGCAGACACAUCGCGACAGACACACACACAUCGCCAGAAAGGUCCACAAGGAAGCUCUCUGUCAGGGGCAUGUUUUUGCAGAAAACCCACCCGUCAGGACGACCCCAGAGACAUCGGCCGGAGGCGCUGAGCGCCCCCCACUCCACCUAGUUACACCACCGUGCACCAACCACCGUCCAUUCUGAAGACCAGUGGAUCCGCCCUUCGCGUCCAUUUUCCCGUCCUUACGAGCCAAGGUCCCCCAAGUCGGCAACGUUAAGACCUGUGGACUUCAGUCCCCAGAGAGAGUUCCUCAGAAAUGGGGGAUUCUGGGAGUGGAAGUCCACAGUGUUUUAAAGUGGUCGAAAGAGGGAGACCCCUACCUUGUGGGGUGCCCUUAACCCUGCCAGUUCCAGCUGGAUCAGGCUUCCCGUGGGAGGGUGACUCGAUCCGUUUCGUUUCGUGUCUGCAUUCACGUCCGAUCCUCAGCGGAGCAAUGUCUGCGUAGGUUGGAUGUGGAGGCCUCACCACCACAUCCACUGUCGUCUUUUCGGUUUGGCCUCCGUCCCUUCAUUUUCCUUCGCUGCUCACAUCAUGCCUUGCCAGCUUUCUUCUGGUCCUUCCUCCUCGUUCCGCAAAAAGGGGAAAAGAAAAAGAAAAAAAACCAAAACCACUACUGAAUUGUAGCCAGUGCAAUAACAAUUAAGUUAUUAAUUCUUCUUAUGGGUAAAAGAAUCUCUCUUUUUUAUGGUGAUGAAUAAUAAUAAUAAUAAUAUUUUACAUAUACUCAAGCGAUGUUGUAUUUUCCCCCCCUUUCCCUCCCGCCCCUCCUCUCUGUUUUCCUAUGGAAUUCAGGUGAAACGCUGCAAUAAUCCGAACUUUUAAAAGUGCACAACGAAAAGUAAAGA